AUGGACAACACUAACACUCAGUGUGAUUAUCAUUCCAAAGCCAACAUGAUAGCUUGGGUUAGUUCCGAGUUGAAAGCCAAGGGUUUCAAUUCUAAUCUGGUCCAAAACGUGGAGACAAUGCUUAAUCGGAUCGACGGCGAGAAUAUAAAUGCUUCUCUUCUUGCCCAAGGUGUCAAGGACGAGUUUGGGUGGGAAGAUGAUUUGAUGAACGCUGCAUUGUCAACAAAACAUUUGCAGGAUCAUUUCAAGCGCCUCGUUCAGAUGAUGAGACUUCGCCGGAACGCCCGAUUGCCUCGGCCCUUGCUUCUUGAAUCAGAUCUUGAGGAUUAUGUGGCAGCUGCGGAGCAAGGGGAAACAAAGGCUGCACCCUUUCUGGAUUAUCUGAUGGAGCUCCAGGAACAAGGGGGCUCCCACGGCGACGUCAAUGUCAAUUCAUUUGCUUCAAUCAUUGCAUCGAGCGGCACGGGCAAAACACAGCUAGCCGCAACAGCAGCUCUUACCUACAAGAAGGCCACUACAAUAUAUUUAAAUUUUGGUGCAUAUGGGGGAAGCGAUGCUGGAUCUUUGCAACGAUUUUACCGACCCCAUGGCACGAAGGAGUUCGAUACAUUCAUGGAAGGACUCUCCGAGUUUGCCAAAACUGGUGACGCCAAAAGUGCUACUUUUAUUUAG